GGUAUAAUUUUAUUUUCAGCAGAUAUUUUAAGAAGUGUUAACAAAUUUAGUUUUGAGCGCCGCGGCGUUCGUUAUUUAAUCAAAGUUAAGCCUGUUAAAUACUCAUAUCAUGGGUAUCGUUGAAGUAAAUUUUAACACGAAACAUUUAACUAUAGGGGACCCGUUACCACCUUGGAAUGGCAAGCUACGGGUGUACAACAUGCGAUUAUGUCCUUUCGCACAACGUACUAUACUAGCAUUAAAUGCAAAGCAAUUGGAUUAUGAAGUCAUUAAUAUUGAUUUGACCGAUAAACCUGAAUGGCUUACGUCGAAAAGUGCUUUUGGUAAAGUGCCAGCCCUGGAAAUCGAAGAAGGUGUUUGUAUCUACGAAAGCCUGGUUACAGUGGAAUACCUUGAAGACGCUUUUCCUCAAAGACCAUUGUUCCCUCAAGAUCCAGUAAAAAAAGCUUUUGAUAAAAUUAUUGUAGAGGCUUCAGGUCCAAUACUUACGCUAUAUUUCAAAGUAAUGAGAUUCCCUGAUACAAUUAACGAUGAAACUAUAAGUGCGUAUGCGAAAGCGUUAGCUUUUAUUCAAGAUCAGCUAAGAGAUAGAGGAACUACGUUCUUGGAUGGAUCGGAACCAGGCUAUGCAGACUAUAUGCUAUGGCCCUGGUUUGAAAGAAUUAGAAAGCUUGAUGACGAAGCAGUUAAAAUCGAUCCAUCGAAAUUCAGCUUACUGUUGGAAUACAUCGAAAAUAUGGCGAAAGAUCCAGCGGUGAGUGUGUAUCUUCUACCAGAUAGGAUAUUGGAAAUAUUCCACCGAGACUAUAAGACAGGGACAUUUAAGGUGCAAUCAAUCGAAGAUUAAGGAUAAUUCUUAUAUGAAAGUCCAAGUAAUAAAUAUUAUCACUGAUAAUAUUUUAUAGAGUAAGAUCGCAUUCACAAAAUAUUCACGUAAUAUUUUUAUCGUAUACUGUCAGCAGACUUAAUUCACCAGACUUAUUGUUGUCGUAAAGCAUUCGGAUCAUCAAACUGAAUAAUUGAAUGUAUGAAGAAAAGCAAUUAAUGUCCUAUAUUUGGCCCCGUUCCGCCCGAGUUAAUGGCCAUUUCUCGCAUAAAAAGUACCAUGGUAGCCAAUAGUAUUGUAACUUGCUAUUGGUGAAACAAUUUUAAAUAUUGUAUAAGUUUUUGAGUUUAUUCUUAUAUGGAUAAGUAAUUAUAGCUAUCCGUAUAAUUGGGUAUCCACUGUAUAUGAUUUUUUUUAAUCUACCGGUACCAAUGAUCGGGUCCGAUAGAAGAAGCAUUGCAUUUUAACCAUCUACAUAUAAUACAUAAUGUUUUAUGAAAUAAAAUACUGUAUUCAUAAAA